AUGCCGAACGACUGGGACAAGGUUCUUACCGAAGACGCGCCGGCACCGUCACCAGCUGCCGCCGCUCCAUCUGGGACAGGUGCCCACAGUCCGCGACUGCGCAAACUUGCCGUCCGAAUACCGCGCAGCCAUGCACGUCCAAGAAGGAGCUUCCACGAAGGCGCUAGCAAGGCUCCGAUACUCGACGAAGAGCAGAAGUGCCAAUUUUCGUGGUCGUCGUCCUCUCCUUCGCCGUCCCCAAAGCCCCGCGGUGCCAGUCGGGAACUGCCCUCCGACAUCGAGCCUUCGCCAUCGUGCACGUCCAAGGGUAACCUUUUCUUUGUAGAUUCCAGCCCCGAACGGGAAGAAAAGAGCGAGAAUAAAGUUAUCGUGCCACCUACGUACGUUCUUCUGGCCUCUUCUCCAAGCUCGAGUAUAACAAGCGACUUCGAAAGUGACCCGAAGUGGACUGGCAGUCGUGCACAGACACCCGCCGGCUGUCUCAACCUAACGGCGAGUAGCGGACCCAUGUGCCGCAUUUGCCACGAGGGAGACCAACAGGACUCGCUCGUGUCGCUGUGCAGGUGCUCGGGCACCAUGGGCCUCCUGCACAUCACCUGCCUAGAGCGCUGGCUGAAUGCCCGAAACAUAGAUCAUUGCGAACUUUGCGACCACCGCUUUCCAACCCAAGUGCUCGAAGGUCGCACCAUUGAGGCCGCCGGCCUGGUCACUGUGGCCGGCCUCUUUGUCACGGCCUACAUGGCCUGGUUCUUCCACAAGGUUCGCUUCCACUACCGAGCUUUCGCGGCAUGGCAGUGGCGCCUUGUCGCCUCUGGGUUCAUAGGCCCAGCAGACCUUCCCUUUGGAGAGCUCGAGCCGGAGAUCAAGGAAUCUCAAGGACCCUUGCUUGGGGACCUCGUGGGUAACAGCAAGCGGCUGAAGCGCAUGACUAAAGCAUGUUAG